UGGAGUAUUAUCCAAGUGGCAUAGGGCAAUCGUCGUCUUCUUCAAUCUCCAGAGAGAUGCAGAAUCUGUGAAUUGUAAGAGGAUUUUUUUUUAUUUUUGGUGUUUAAAAGAUAUAGAAGAGGAAAAAUGGUGGCGGCUGCGACGCAGAUAUUUCAGUUACCGUUACAGUACUCUGUUUCUUCGGGCCAACGGAGUUAUCACGGUGUUUGCUUGCCGUCUCCGGUUGUAUUCCGUAGGAGUAGUGGACAGAGGAAGAGUGGGAGGUUGGGAAGUUUGGUAGCUCAGCAGGAGAAAGGAGACGCGGUGGAGAUUCGAGUUCCGGUUCCGUUAACAUUGGAGCAACAAGAGAAGGAGAAAGAAGAUAGAGACGAUGAAGACGAAGGAGAAGUAGAUCCUCAAGAUCUUAAAUACGUCAAUGAGAUCAAACGGGUGUUGGAGCUACUCAGGAGGAACAGAGACAUGAUGUUCAAUGAGGUCAAGUUGACCAUAAUGAUUGAGGACCCAAGGGAAUUGGAAAAAAGGAGACUUCUCGGAAUAGAAGAGGAUGAUGCCCCUAGUAGGGAAGACUUAGCUGAAGCCUUGGAACUGGUAAACGAAGGGAAGAUCCCUAAAGAUCGUCUCACUCUCCAGAUGCUGUACGAGGAAAUGGUCCGUUGGCCAAAUUUAGAGGUUGAGGUUUCAAAGAAGCAGCGAACAAAAUCACUGUAUGCGAAAUCCACAGACACCGGAAUAGAUCCAAAAGAGGCAGCCAAGAGACUCAACCUAGAGUGGGAUUCAGCUGCUGCAAUUGAAGAAGCCGAUGUCGAUGAUGAUGACACUGGAGUAGCCAAGAAAGCCAUGGGUUAUGGAGCGUUGUACUUAGUCUCGUCUUUUCCAGUUAUCAUCGGUAUAUCGGUUGUAUUAAUCUUGUUUUACAAUUCCCUUCAGUAGAUUCCCAAACCUUUUACGUUUUUUCACAUACACCAAUGACCCAUCAUGGAUGUUUUGUAACAUAAUAUAAUGAAAUAAAUUUCAAUUAUUUAAUC